CAAACCCUCGACCCCGAGCUUCCGUACUGCCAAUGCUGCGGCUACCUGCUCCGUGACUCCCCUAGACCAAUCGGGCCCUUGGAAUCUCCCUCCCAGGACCGGCACUCCGGACGCAAUGCAGCUUCGAGUGGGGGCCUCGAGGUUCCCCAGAACGCGCGCAAUAGCCGGUCGAUCUUCGGUUCUCUCUCUGUGCUCGGAUUCCCGUUGGCUAGCGACAUCCCCGGGCACAAGGAUACGCACACCCAGGGCCCAGUACCACAGCAGUCCCAGACGACCUUCAGCAUGGGCGGCGGCGGUCUCGGUGGCCUCGAAUAUGGUCUCGAACGCGGUCUCACGAGCGACGAAAUCUGAGCUGCCCAUCGACCCACUGCGGAUCGUUGCAAAGGAGAUGAAGCACUUGACGGGCAACAUUCGACAGCUCCUCGGUUCGGGCCACCCUUCCCUAGACCGAGUCGCAAAGUACUACACCCAGUCCGAGGGGAAGCAUGUGCGGCCGUUGAUCGUCCUGCUCAUGUCGAGAGCGACGUCACUCUGUCCCAAGGCCCCGGAAUCUGCGCCUGCACAGACAAUCCAGACGAUCGAUUCCUCGAUAUCCCCACUCAGCGUCCUUUCCGAUGCCAAUCCCUCGUCGGCCCAUCCAAGUUUCUCCUCAGAACCAGAGUCCACCGAGAGCGACGUUCUCCCCUCGCAGCGCCGGCUGGCCGAGAUCACCGAGCUGAUCCACACCGCCUCGCUUCUCCACGACGAUGUUAUAGACCAUUCCGUGUCGCGGCGGGGGUCGCCGUCCGCGAAUUUCGAGUUUGGCAAUAAGAUGGCAGUCUUGGCCGGGGACUUUCUAUUAGGAAGGGCAUCUGUCGCCCUAGCGCGGCUACGCAAUGCCGAAGUGGUCGAACUGUUAGCCACGGUUAUCGCUAACCUGGUCGAGGGCGAAUUUAUGCAGCUAAAAAAUACCGCACGCGACGAGCGAAAUCCGAAAUGGUCCGAGGACAUAUUCACGUAUUAUCUACAAAAAACAUACCUUAAGACGGCAAGCUUGAUCUCCAAAUCAUGUCGGGCGGCUGCGCUGCUCGGUCGGACGGACGCUGCCACGGUCGAGGCUGCUUAUUCUUACGGUAGGAAUUUAGGCCUGGCAUUCCAAUUAGUAGAUGAUAUGCUUGAUUACACCGUGUCAGCGAAGGAUUUAGGAAAGCCUUCCGGGGCAGACUUAACAUUAGGUCUCGCGACUGCGCCCUUGUUGUUUGCGUGGAAGACGACGCCGGAAUUGGGGACGCUGGUGGGAAGGAAAUUCGGAGGAGAGGGGGACGUAGCCAGGGCCCGCGAAUUAGUGUAUCAAAGCGAUGGAAUUGAGCAAACGAGAGUACUGGCGGAAGACUACUCACACCGAGCCAUCGCAGCUCUCGACACAUUUCCGGAUAGCGAGGCAAAGAGCGGCCUUGUGGAGAUGGCGACGAACACAUUAAGACGAAGGAAGUAAUACCAUUUAGACCUAUAUUUCCACUCGCAGCACACGGGCAGGAGGUUUCAUACGCUACAUGCCACCUUGCCGCGAUGUGGCCUGUGUGGCACACCGCAGAGGACCAGCCUUGGUGUAUCAAUUACCUAUGU